AUGCAAAGGGGAGCAUGUUUUGCUGCAGUACGUCAGCAGGCCCCUUUCACAGCAUCCAGGAUGCCGGGAAGGGCAGCGCUGCUUGUGCUGGCCCUUGGCCUAGCUGCAACUGCACAAAAGUCCACGCUGACCCUUGACCCUCCGUGGAGCAUAGUGUUUAAGGGGGAGAGUGUUACUCUGACGUGCAGCACAUCCCAUCCUCCUGGACGGAGAUUCACAUGGUAUCGCAACAACAAGGUCUUCAGAUCCACAGAAAUAAACAGCCUCAAAAUUAAAUACGCGCAGGAGGAUGAUGCAGGUAGAUACCAGUGCCAGGCUUCUGUCUUCAGGCGAAGUGACCCCGUUCAGCUGACCAUUUCUAAUGAUUGGCUAAUUCUCCAGGUCCCUUACUAUGGCGUGUUCGAAGGGGACCCGCUGUGCCUGAGGUGCUACGGAUGGAAAGGCGCAAGGGUGUCUGGGAUAAGAUAUUACAGAGAUGGAGCAGAUGUUACACCAUCCCAUGUGAACUCAGAGCUGUCCAUCAAACAAGCAAGGACACAUGACAGUGGCAAAUAUCAAUGUACUGGAUCAAUGAGAACUACAGUCAUGGUUACUAAGGUCAAUUCUCCUACGGUGUCUAUUUCUGUCCAAGAGUUGUUUUCGACUCCGGUGCUGAGGGCAGCAGGCUCGGGUGACCCAAUAGAAGGAAGCUCGGUGACCCUGAGUUGUGUCACGCAGCUCAACCCCCAGAAAUCGGACACACCGCUUCAGAGAUUCUUCUACAAAGACAGCAGGGUCUUGGGAGAACCUAGGAGCUCCCCUGACUACCACAUCCCAGUGGCAGGGCUACAAGACUCAGGAUCUUACCAUUGUGAGGUGCAGACGGUGACCUCAAGUGUUUGGAAACAGAGUCCCAAGUUAAAGAUUGCUGUUAAAAGAAUCCCGGCGUCCCAAGUCUCCCUGGAGGUCCAGCCCCUCGGGGGGCAGGUGACGGAAGGAGAGUGGCUGAUGCUGAACUGCUCUGUGUCUAUGGGCACGGGGCCAAUCACCUUCUCCUGGCACCGGGAGGGCGCCAGACAGGCUAUGAGAACAGAGACUCGGAGCUCUCAGAGGAUGGUCUAUGAGAUCCCUGCAGCCACGGAGACCGACACAGGGGAGUAUUACUGCAUGGCCUCCAAUGGCAAUGCCCCAGCACCAAGCCCAAGGGUGAAAGUUGCUGUGAAGGUUCCAGUGUCCCCACCUCACCUGACCAUCAGUGCGGCCGGCUCCUGGGCUGCCAUCGGGGACGUGGUGGUGAUCCAGUGCGAGUCGCCCCGCGGCUCAGCCCCCAUCCUCUAUCAGUUUCAUCACGAGGGAGCCACUCUGGGGAACAGGACGGUCAGUUCCCGAGGGCCGGGAUCCCUUGCUCUGAAUGUGACAUCUGAACGGGAUUCUGGGACCUACUCCUGUGAGGCUGAUAAUGGCAUGGCCAGUGGACCCCAGCACAGCGACUCCUUCCACCUCUCCGUGCUCGUGCCUGUGUCCGGGGCCACCAUCGCCACAGAUCGCAUGGGGCCAGAGGUCGUGGCUGGAGAAAGCCUGAAUCUCAGCUGCUUGGUGGAGUCUGGCACUGCCCCUCUCUUCAAGUGGCUUCACAACGCCCAGGAGCUGGCUGCAGCCUCGGGGCUCGACCCGCCCAUAGCUGUGGGGAACAUGCUGCAUUUCUGGUCUGUGCAGCUGGGCCAUGGAGGGAAUUACCAGUGCAUUGCCAGCAACCAGCUCAGCCCCCAAAGAGUCUUCCAGGCCCCCAGCGAGAUCCUGGCCAUCACCGUGAUAGAGCACGCGAGCGCCCGGGUGGUUGUGCCUGUGACUGUCUCCAUCCUGUUCCUGUUCCUGAUGGGUGUCACUGCGGCUCUGGUGUUCUACUUCAAGUGCUGGAAGAAAGCGGAAGGAAUGGUUUUCAAUGCCCUGGGGAGGGACACAUGGCUCCCAGUCCAGCAGGAGCCCCCUGGCCAGAGGCUGCCUCCACCAGGGAGCUUGGGCCUCCAUGCUGAGGAGCCGUCUUACAGCAAUGUGUGUCCCCUGGAGCCGGAGAGUGGAGACGUGGAGUAUACGGUUGUCAACAUCAAGAAAAGAAGUGGGGAUAAACCCAAGGGAACUCUGCCAAGGGACAACGGCAUGGAAUGCAGCACAUGCAGGCUGGAGUCAUGGAGGCCUUGUCCCUGGCUGGUGCCCUCUGCAUUGGGACUGACAAGCCAGAGCAGAGAUGGAGGCAAAUACUCUGGGUCUGCACAGCUGCUGCUGCCUAGUGAGGUGUCGUGAGCAGAUGAUUUGCUGAGGGGCCCAGACAGCAGCCCUGAUCUCUGUUAAUCCCUGUGAUGGGUCUCUGGUAUCCAUCCCAGGGGGUUGCCGGCUUGGGUGUUGUGCAUGGAGGAUCUGGCCCCGUGGGACUUGUGACAACUGGGCUAAUCCGCCCUGCCGCCAACAAAGGUUGGAUUUGCUACAUGGUUUGUCUUUGAGAUUCUUUCAUUUGCUUAAAAUGGCUUUAUGUACAGCCCUUGUCCUCGGGGACUGACCCGUGGGAAGUGCCCUCUGCCUGUCCUGCUCACCUAGACCCCGUGCAAAGACAUGCUGAAUAGAAACUCAUCCAUGGCUUGAUCCUGGAGAGAGCAGGAUCAGGGUAACACCCAGGGAGCAAGUCUGUUCACUAGGGAACCUGCAGCUGGGAGAGAGAUUUUCCAUCCUGCUUGGCUAUAAUGCUGGAAUACAGCACUAGACCAGCGUUAGGCCUGGGUCUGGGGAAUGGGUAUAGCCACGAUCACGCAACAUGGAGCAUGACCCAGCUGGUGUCUGACCGUGGCGAUGAAGGUGAUUUGCACAUUGGUUUUCUCCAGCACAAGGACACCAGGUGGCUAGAGAUUGCUGGGAUUUCCCAGCCUCGUCUCUCUGGAGGAAACUUGGUUCAGUUCAGCUUUACAAAGGUGUUUUCAAAACUGUUUCUUUUCUUAGAACUGGAAACACAAUAAAACACCAAAGUUCCCAGAGCAGCUGGAGAGAGCCACUGUCCCCCAUUUCAUGGAUUCCAAGGCCAGGAGGGACCAUUGUAAUCAUCAGAUCUGACCCCUUCUGUAACGUAGGCUAGAGAACUUCCCCCCAAAUAAUUCUUUGAGCAAAGCUUUUAGAGAAACAUCCAGUCUUGAUUUAAAAAUUGUCAGUGAUGGAGAAUCCGCAAUGACCCUUGGUAAAUUGUUUCAAUGGUUAAUUACUCUCACUGUUAAAAAUUUACACCUGAUUUACAGGCUGAAUUUGUCUAGCUUCAACUCCCAGUCAUGGGAUCAUAUUAUACCUUUCUCUGGUAGACUGAACAGCCCAUUAUUAAAUAAUUGUUCCACAUGUAUAUACUUAUACAUUGUAAUCAAGUCCUCCCUUAGCCUUCUCUUUGUUAAGCUAAAUAGAUUGAACUUUUUGAGUCUUGCACGAUAAGGCAUAUUUUCUAAUUCCUUAUUCAUUCUCAUGGCUCUUCUUUGAUCCUUCUCCAAUUCAUUAAUAUCCUUAAUUGUGGCCAUCAAAAUCUACAUUGUGGACACCAGAGCUGGACACAGUAUUCAAGCACAGGUUGCACCAGUGCCAAUAAAGAGGUACAAUAACCUCUCUGCUCCUACACAAGAUUCCCCUGUUUAUGCAUCCCAGGAUCACAUUUGCUCUUUUGGCCACAGCGUCACACUGGGAGCUCACGUUCAGCUGAUUAUCCAAUAUGUCCCCCCCAAAUCUUUUUCAGAGUCACUGCUUCCCAGGGCAGAGUCCCCCAUCCUGUAAGUAUGGCUUGUGUUCUUUGUUUCUAGAUGUUUACAUUUACAUUUAGCCAUAUUAAAAUACAUAAUGUUUCCUUUUGCCAAGCUUAUCAAAUGAUCCAGAUUGCUCUGAAUCAGUCACCUGUCCCCUUCAUUAUAAACCACUCCCUCAAUUUUUGUAUCACCUGCAAACUUUAUCAGUGAUUUUGUGUUUUCUCCAGGUCAUUGAUAAAAAUGUUAUAUAGCAUAGGGCCAAGAUCCAAUCCCUGCAGGACAUCACAGGAAACACACCUGUUUGAUGAUGAUUCCCCAUUUACAGUUAAAUUUUGAGACCUACCAGUUAGCCAGCUUUUAAUCCAUUAGUGUGUGUCAUGUUUACCACUCAAGAAAGAGAUUUUGGAGCCAUUGUGGAUAGUUCUCUGAAAACAUCCACUUAAUAUGCAGUGACAGUCAAAAAAGCUAAAAGAAUGUUGGGAAUCAUUAAGAAGGGAGUAGAUAAUAAGACAGAAAAUAUUAUAUUGCCUCUCUAUAAAUCCAUGGUCAACCACAUCUUGAAUACUGCUUGCAGAUGUGGUCGCCCCAUCUCAAAAAAGAUAUAUUAGAAUUGGAAAAGGUUCAAAAAAGGGCAACAAAAAUGAUUAGGGGUAUGGAACAGCUUCCGUAUGAGGAGAGAUUCAUAAGAUUGGGACUUUUCAGCUUGAUAAAGAGAAAACUAAGAGAGGAUAUGAUGGAGGUCUAUAAAAUCAUGACUGGUCUAGAGAAAGUAAAUAAGGAAGUAUUAAUUACUUCUUCUCAUGACACAAGAACUAGGGGUCACCAAAUGAAAUUAAUAGGCAGCAGGUUUAAAACAAACAAAAGGAAGUUUUUUCUUCACACAACGCCCCGUCAAUCUGUGGAACUCUCUGUCAGAGGGUGUUGUGAAGGCCAAGACUAUAGCAGGGUUCAAAAAAGAACUAGAUAAAUUCAUGGAGGAUAGGUCCAUCAACAGCUAUUAGCCAGGAUGGACAGGGAUGAUGUCCCUAGCCUCUGUUUGCCAGAAGCUGGGAAUGGGUAACAGGAUGGAUCACUUGAUGACUACCUGUUCUGCUCAUUCCCUCCCACUGUCUGAAGACAGGAUACUGGACUAGGUGGCCCUUUGGUCUGACCCAGUAUGGUCAUUCUUAUGAACAAUCAGUUGCACACAUAUAAAAUGGGGAAUGGCUGCCUAGGUGGGAGUACUGCAGAAAGGAAUGUGGGAGUCAUAGUGGAUCACAAGCUAAAUAUGAGUCAGCAGUGUAACACUGCUGUAAAAAAAAGCAGACAUCAUUCUGGGAUGUAUUAGCCGGAGUGUUGUAAGGAUGACACAAGAAGUAAUUCUUCCGCUCUACUCUGUGCUGAUUAGGCCUCAACUGGAGUAUUGUAUCCAGUUCUGGGUGCCACAUUUCAGGAAAGAUGUGGACAAACUGGAGAAAGCCCAGAGAAGAGUAAUAAUAAUGAUUAAAGGUCUAGGAAACAUGACCUAGGAGGGAAAAUUGAAAAAAUUGGGUUUGUUUAGUUUGGAGAAGAGAAGACUAUGGGGGGACAUGAUAACAGUUUUCAAACACAUAAAAGGUUGUUACAAGGAGGAGGGAGAAAAAUUGUUCUUGUUAACCUCUGAGGAUAGGACAAGAAAGAAUGGGCUUAAAUUGAAGCAAGGGUGGUUGCCUGUGGGCAUGGCUUCAGUCUAACCAAAUACAGUGGAAUGUGUCAGCCAUCUUUAUUAAGGGACGCAUCAUGCCCCUUGCAGAUAGCUGCAGGGCAGUGGCCACAUCUUGCUGGCUUCAGCUGCAUUGACAGAAAUGGGAGAUGGUGGCCAUCUUGAAUAAGGGAAUAUUCACCAGUUGGCGCCUUUCAUCGUGUUUUCAUGAGGCAGGUAAAAACCCACAUGAAAGUGCUGAAGUUGCGAUAAAAUUGUGAUAGUUGGCAGUUCUGGCACUCUGCUGUCUGGAGGCAGCAAGGUCCCAUGCUCCAGUUGUCCCGUGUCCGGGGGCUCUGUUGUCCCACCCCGCUGUGGUUGCUAGGGUGACCAUCUUUUCAAAAGGCGAAAGCGGGACACAUGCAGGAGCCCCACCCUCUCUGUGACCACACCCUCUGCCCCACCUCUUCCCCUGAGGCCCUGCCCCCUGCUCUGCCUCUUCUUCCAAGGUCCUGCUCCCUGGCCGGGCCAGAAGCCAGAGCUUGGCCAUGCUAAGAGCUGCCAAGGGAAACCAGGCCACUCUAGGGAGCCCUGGACCCUCCAUCUGCCUUGGGUGACAUGCCCCGGGAGGACAGGGUCACUGGCCUGGGGCUGCUCUUGGGCACUCUGCCCCCCAACCCAAGGCAGGUGGAAGGUCCUGGUCUCCCCACAGUGGCCUGGUGUGAUGGGUUCCCUUGGGUGCAACCUGGAACCGGGGUACCGCAGAGCCUCUGUCUCACGAACCUGGGCUCCCUCUCACACUGUGAUGCUGUGACAAGCAGCAAACUGCUCCAGGUCCUGCACUUACACAGACAUCCACAGGCAGGGAUGCACCCAACUCAGUUACAUGAAUGCUUCUCCUAUUCACUCAUGAACCAACAAUAGAGAGGCUCCAGCCAAUUCCCCCCAGCUCCCCAGCCUAGCACCCCAGGCCUGCACCGUCCUGACCACUGUACGUUUAUUACCUAGUCUACCACUUCUACAAAGCAAAGUGGAUGUGCACCAGCUCUUAUUCUUGAGUAGAUUUCCCCAAGCACUUCAAGCAAAAUAUACUGUUUUAGGUAAAAUAAUAAACAGAUUUAUUAACUACAGAAAGAUAGAUUUUAGUGUCUAUAUGUAGUAAGCAUACAGAUCAAAGUUGGUUACCUAAGAAAUAAAAAUUAAAAUUGCAAUCUGCGUUCUAUAAACUAGACAGGAUUUAAAUCAAGCACUGUCUCACCCUGAUGGUGCAGUUCCUUUAUACACAUGCUGGGAUUCUCCUCUCCAGCCUGGAACCACCUUCCUAGUUCAGUCUUUGUUCUCCAGAUGUGUUUCCAGAUGUUGAGUUGUGGGAGGAGUGAGGCCCCAGUGAUGAUGUCUCUUCCCCCUUUUAUAGCUUCUUCCAGUUGGCUGGAAAGAUCCUUUGCUAUGACAUGAGUCAAACAGUCUCCACUGCUUAUGUGCUGUCUCUGAGAAGUCUCCAUUGUAUACGGUACCUGGGACGGUCCUUGUGAGUGCAUACUCCCCUUAAUGGACCAUGAUCAGUUUCUGACUGCCUCAUUAUUGUACCAGAAAGGCUGGUUGUGGGUGUUCCCAACCUCACAACAUAUUUCAGUAACACACACAUAACAAAACUUCAUAACUUCACAUACAAUGACAGCACGUACACGCCAACAGGAUAUUAAUAUUCAACAGAUCAAGACUUUUAAAAUGGUACCUCACAAGACAUCCUUUGCACAAAACAUAUCACAAUUAUGAAGGUGCUAGGGUGUUGCUUUGGGGUACAGAGUGUCACAACAGGGCUUCCUGGGCAGCUCUUACCACAGCCCAGCUCUGGCUUCUGACCUGGUCAGGGGGAGAGACCUUGCAGGAAGAGGAGAAACAGGGGUGGGGCCUUAUGGCAAGAGGGGGCUGAGGCCCAUCUCAGCCACCACCUCCCGAAAGAAAGAGGCUGGUGCUUCCCCUGAGCUGCCGUGGAGUGGUGCCACAGGAAAUCUGGGAGAAAGGUUGUCCUGGAGUCAUUCAGCCCAGGACUGGAACUUGAACUCUGCAUUUCGGGUCUGUCCCACCCAAUUCAGGACAGGUGCUCACGCUAGUGGUUUCUCCUGUCUGACAGCUCUCAGGUAAACAUCCGAUUCUGCACUCCUUGUAUCAUUCUUUUCUGGGAUUCCCUGAAAUACGAGUCUGCCUGGGUGAUGCCCUCCCAUGGCCAUGUCGCAAUUGUUCUGCAGCAUCAUUUCUAUGAAUGGGGCCAGCUCCUGAAACCCAAAUCAUACUGAGUUUUUUGUUUGUCCGUCUCUGCCUCAGUAUAUGUCUGCAAGGCCCUGGUAACUGAGACCAGUUUCUAUCAGAGCAGGCAUGCUAGUUUUCCUUUGAUCAAAACGUCAGAGGUGACACCCCAUGUUUCAUCAGUGCCAUUCUGUAACGUAAAAGUGCUAAAUACAGAGCAGAGUCUGACUCUGCAACAUUUUUCAGUAGGUGCUUUAUUAUUUUGACACCAUUUUCCACCAACCCAUUGGAUUGGGGAUAAUGAUACUCGUGGGGAAAUUCUGCGUCACUGCAUGCAGCAUAACUAACGUGCCACACAUAACUUUUUUUCCACGUAAAAUAACUCCUGCCAGAAAGUUGCUGCAGUUCUGCCUUUUGCCCACCAGCGGCCGCUGCGCUGCUAGAACAGAGUGGCCACUCCCGGGCAGGAGCAGGCCCAGCUGGCAAUAGGGCAGGGAAAAGGUUUCCUGCCUGGCAGCGCCCUGCCUGUGGGCCAGA